GAAGAGAGAGAAUUGCUUUUGGACGCCAGUACGCCGUCUCUAUCCGGCAUUGGCGGAUUCUCUCCAGUGAAAAUCCUGCCGCCGUCAGCCGCGUCAAAUAACACGCCCGUGUAUGCUAUAAUUUUUUCAUUUUGAUUUUUUUUUUAUAACGCAGGAAGUAAAAAUUUGCAACACUUGACUUUGACUUUUGCAUAAGUGGUGAUACACGAUAAGAGGAAAGAAAAAAAUAUUGUUAUCUGGACGGUUAUUGGAGAUAUUAUUGAGGCAACAUUCGAUCUUGUAAAUGAAAAUAUAAGGAAUAUUGUGGAGGAAUUCAGUUCACAUACCACACGGUUGACCAGUAUGUCACAAUAAGGGGCCGAAACUUGACGAAAAUAUGAAGCUGACCUGCAUAGCACUGACACUACUACUGCCCCUGACACUCGGCCUGAAUUUUCAAGAAGAUGAUCUCGUGUUUGAUGAUAUAGCCGAGGAAACAUCACCACCACCAACUGUUGUCACUCGUCACGAGGUGAAAUCCCAUAAAGCCAAGGCUUAUAAAAAGAUCAAGAGAUUCCGGGGUAUACCUGAUGAUAUUGCGGUCGUUGGACAGGUUUUUAAACUUCAAAUACCGAAGCAAGCGUUCAGCGGUAACAUAGAUAGUUAUGACAUCCGAGGAAGCAAUGGAAAAUUAUUGCCUCAUUGGAUCACCUUUGACGAUGAGGCUCUCACUAUUCUUGGUGUGCCAUCCAAGAAAGACGAAGGUCAACAUCGAAUUACUGUCAAAGCAUACGGAAAAAAUGGUGGAACUGCUGAGGAUAAUUUCACUAUCAGAGUUGUGAAUGAAAAUCAUCGGGAGACGAAGGACAUAAAUUCUCAAAACCGUUGUGACGAGUCCGAAGCCCAUAUUGUGACGACUAUUUUGUUGGAUGUGAGGUUCGAUAGUCUCAAACCGAGUGCUAAAGUUGAAGCUAUUGAGAAUCUCGCAAAGUUCCUGAUGCUUGACGUCAAUGAUCUCUCCAUGUAUUCUCGAAGUUACAAAGACGAGAAUAUUGUUGACAAAUCCACGAUUAUCUCGUCUGGAUCAGGAAAUAUAAAACGUCGAAAGGAGAAAGAUUUCAGCGUCAUCCAAUGGCAGGUCGGCUGUGAUGGUCAUCUAUGGAAGGACCAAUCGGACAUUCUGGAGCAACUUCGCUAUCAAGCAAAGAACGGCACCCUUUCCCGAGUACUACGACUACCUGUGCUCCUCUGGAGGGUGAAAAGUGACACCAGCGAUCUUUUACGAAAUCGCCGUGAAACAGGCUCCGGUGAUUACAGUAAUAAUGACGAUGAGAACGACGAUGACUACGAGGAAAACUAUGAUGAUUACGGGCCCCCAGGCUCGUUCGAUGAUCCUGAUAACGAGGGUGAUAAUGCAGACGAUAACGAAGCAAUUACGGAAAUACCACCGCGUGCUCAUGUCCCAAGUGCAUCGGAGCCCAAGGGUUUCCCAUUAGAACCUGAACAUCCACAUAGGCAUCAUCAUGGACAGGAAACCGUUGAUUGGGAGACUGAAGAACGAGUCAAGUUCGAUCAAAUUCUCCGAGCAAGCAAUCCCCAGGAGAAUACCAUUAACACAACAACCUCACCAGCCCCCAGAUUGACAACAACAGAGCAAACAAGUGCAACACAAAACUCAUCACCUACACCGAGUAUUGAACCAGUUACAUCUCCUAAAACACCGAUUCAACCAGUAACAACAGUUGCCGAUUUGCCACCACCAAAAACAUCAACAAUAACCACGACAUCAGCUGAAUCAACAACAUUGAAUGUUACUGAAACAUUCACAACUCCAGGUGAUACGAUACAAACGGAAUUAACGCAAGACAAUUCAACGUUAAUAAAUACAAUAAGAGCUGAGUUAGAGACUGUCUUGCCGACGAUAUCAACGGAUAAUGAUUCAUUACCAUCAACUGAAUUAACGACAUUGCCAAAUUCAUUAGGAAUUGUUACUUCGUCAACGGAAAAACAGGACAAUAAUAGUACAAUCGAUGAGAUAACUGAGUCGACUGAAGUUUCUACCAGCGAAAAACCACUGACUCAGGCCCCAAUGACCGAGACUCCAAUCAUUGAAACAACUACCUCAACCCCCUCAACCACAACAACAACAACCAUAAAACCCACUACCGAGGAGCCCACAACGAUUAGCACAACAACGACAACUCCAUCCACAACGAUCGCCACAACUACCACCACUACGACGACGACGACGACGACAACAACGACAACGGAGGCUCCUAAGACGACCACUGAACGUGUCGAUUUUGGCAUUAAGAAUCUGCCACCGAGCCAGGACAAAAGACUUAGUAAGGUUGCGAUAACAGCUGGAAAGCCACUCAGUCUCAUCAUUCCCUCCAAUAUGUUCAGUGAUAUUGAGGAUGGUAACACUAGGAAUCUGCACUUGAAACUUUUAUUGAAGGGUAGUCCGGUGAAGAGUGGACACUGGCUGCAGUUCAAUGAAAAAACUCAAGAGGUUUAUGGGCUGCCUCUCGAGAAUGACGUAUCUCAAUGGGAAUAUGACAUUGUUGCAUCCGACCGUGAAGGGCUCGCUGUAUCAGACAGUCUCUCUAUAUACGUGCAGCAGCACAAAUUCACAAAAUCGAUCAAUCACGAAUUCAGCAUAUAUCUGGAGAUUGUCGAGCGUUCGAAAUUUUCGACGAAUGUCGAUUGGGAAUUGAAGGUGGUUCAGCGUCUUGCACAGUUGUAUGGUGACGUUGACGGUAGUCAGAUUACCGUGAGAUCUAUUGAGAUUGAAAAUAAUCAGGCGAUAUUCACCUGGGCGAACGACAGUGUGCCCAGGGGUAGUGAAUGUCCCAAAGAUGAGAUCAACAAAUUGUUGCACGUAUUGAUAGCAGACACAAACGAGAAACCCAGUGCAAUGCUUCAACGAGUCCUCGCCCCCGAGAUUCGUGUCAGUCGUGUGGUGUAUCAGGGUCAUGCCCAGUGCGAGAAUAUGAACCAGCCGGAAGUGCCUGUCGUUCCACCUGAAGUGGAGAAGCCCAAAGAACCCACGACCAACCGCUUCCCCCUUCCCCGUAAUCAGGUAGACCAGAUAAAUGCAAUGGUGGGUCAGCUUCUGGUCUUCAGAGUUCCUGAGGACACAUUCUUCGAUCAUGAGGAUGGCUCCUCUCGCAACAUGAGGAUGUCCCUCUUGAAAAUCGACAGAUCUGAAAUAUCCCCCAAAGAAUGGCUGCAGUUUGACGGCAAAAACCAGGAGUUCUACGGUGUUCCUCUGUACGAGGACUACAUUCAGAACAAUCGAAUGGAGUAUCAACUUGUUGUGGUUGACAAGGAGGGUGCAGAAGCGGUUGAUACUCUUGUUGUUGUCAUUGACAAGCCCGAGGAGGAGAAACAACACCUCGUUGAUUUCUCCAUGACUCUUCACAUCUCUUACGAAAAAUUCGCCUAUUCAGCGAUACAAAAACGUCACUUUAUUGAAAGACUGAGGGACCUCUUUGGUGAUAAAGACACGAGCGCAAUUUCUCUAUCGAGUAUUACGCCUGGAAGUACUGUAGUCAAUUGGAAGAACAUAACAUUGCCAACGAACUAUUGUCCUGAUGCUGAGAUCAAAAGACUAAUGGAGAUUCUAGUUAAGCCAGAUAAAUCUCUGACUGAUCAUGUUAAUGAGAUAAUGGGAAAAGAUUUCCCGGUGCAACAGGUGACUCUCACACCCUUGAGUAUUUGCGUUGGGGAAUUGACUAGGGUACACACACCUGGAAGUUACAUACCACCUUCAGAAGAUUCUACAGCUGUGGGAUCAUUCCAGGAUGAUUAUCUCAUUACUUUCAUACUUCCUGCUGUUAUUAUUGCGGCCAUGAUACUUUUGGCAGGCAUCAUUGCUUUUAUUUUGUACAGAAGGAGAAGAAGUGGAAAAAUGAGCGUUAGUGAACAUGAUGAUGAGAGACAAAGUUUCAGGAGCAAGGGAAUUCCUGUGAUAUUCCAGGACGAACUGGAGGAAAAACCUGAUCCAGGCAACAAAUCACCAGUGAUCCUGAAAGAGGAGAAGCCGCCUCUGCCACCGCCUGAGUAUCAGAAAUCAGAUGACGGUGCUGAUCAGCCAAUGUUACCAAAAGAAAAUUCAGAGGAGCCAUAUCAACCCCCGCCUCCAUUCGCCCGUACAUCCGACAAUAAUCGUCAAAAUCGGCCAAAACCAACGCCAACAUACAGAAAGCCACCACCCUAUGUGCCACCCUAACAAAAUAAGUCACAUUCGCAAAGAAAUAAUCACAUACCAACGAUGCUCGGAGACUCAAACUCAAGCAAGACUAAAAGCCAAAAAAAUCAUCGAAAGAAAAAAAACACCGACAGUCAAAACACGUACCGUCAGUAGUAAAAUUAAUGACAUUUUUCUCAUUUGAAUGAAAAAUAGAAAGCAUUAAUUUUCUAUUUUAAUAAUUAAUUCAAUACCCAAAAAAACAAGCCUUGUUUUAACUUUUUUUCACUCAAAUAAAUUAUUAAAUCUUCAUGUCAUAUCCAUUUCAAAAUUGAUUUGGAAAUUAUUGUAAAUUGUUUCAUUGAAAUUUUAAUUUUCCUUCAUUAGAUAACUGUUAAAUAGAAGUCUCAAUUGGGAGACUCGUGUAAACUAACGGAUGUCAAAAUAAAGUUUGUUUUUUUGGGUGAACCAGAUGGUGAUACUAGUGACAUGUUUCCGCAACAAUUAGUGCCAUUUUUAUAAGCAUUAAGGGACUGCCUACAACUUGAAAACUUAAUGACAAAAAAAAUUGGACUAUUGAUAUAAUUGAUAAAGUGUCUCCAAGCAGAAUGCACCUAUGGCAAUACUUAAUCGGGUAAUAUUUCGAUCGAUUCACGGAACAUCCUUACUUAGGACAAAACCACUGCCAGAAUUUUUUUUGUUUCUCAUUAAAACUAUCGAUAAUCAUGAAGGACGCUGCCCUUCAAAAUUACAAGAGUUGGCAUUUUCAUUCCUCAUUGGUCGUACAAUGAGGUGACAGAAUGCCUGGGGUUAGAGCAAGAGACGUACGGAAAAGCUAUAAAUAAAUUUUAAAUAAGAGGAGGAAGAUAUCUUUAUACAAAUGUACCAACUAUGAAUUAAAAUGAAAAAAAAAAACGAAUUGCAAGAAUGCUUCCAUGACACCUAGAUGUCAUUAUAAUAUCGAGCAAAUAAUCUGAUAAUGCUUAAUUAAAUAUCAUUCGUUCGAUAAGCGGCUCUAGAGACUGGUGGCAGUAUUCAAUCUCACUUGUUCAUUUUAUUCUGAAAUUUUUUUUUUUAAUCUCAUUUUUGUUAUACUUAAACGCACAAAAUUAAUUUUUAAUUCAUUUCAGUUAUUCUGAGUGAUUUUAAUCCAUUGAUUAUACCGAUAAAAAAUAUUAUUGGCAGUUAUUAGAUUGUAGAAUAGUUACCAAACCAAAAAUUGAUAUUAACCAAUUGCUACCGUGAAAAUCAAUGAAUUGUCAAUUGGACACAACAAUAUUUGGACUUGUCCAAUGUUUUUAUAAUAAAUCUUUUUUUAUUACUGUUGUAGAAAUAAAAGAUGAUGAGCCCAUUAAUGUGGUACUUAAUAUAUAACUGUGCGUCAAUUUUUUCUGUAAGUUUUUUUACAUUGAUAUUUAAAACAAAACGCAAAUGAAACGAAUAAACCUUGACGUAAUGGCUUUUUUUUAUUCAUAUUUUAUGACGUGUCGAUGUUCAAUGGAUACGUGAUAAAAAUAAUCCCUCGAACAGGUAUUUUAAAAAUACAGAGUUGAACAAUUUUCAGAAAAAAAGAAAACAUUAAAAAAUGUUAAAACUGAAUUUUCUGUUGUCAUCGCUAGUGACCUCGACUGUUGAUGCUACGUAAAAUGAUAAUAAUGAGUGGAGAUUCGUUGGAAAUGUGUGAAAAUAUAUGAUCGAUUGAUAAUAAUUAUCGAUACCACGUGUAAUACCACUGGAAUGUAUAAUAAAAAUAUUCUAAUUAUCACAUAA